UCGCCUGGGACCGCAAGAGAAAGAAGUAAAGGAAAUUAUUUUUAAAUGUUGAGAAUGAAACAUCACCAAAAGGCGUAGCAUCAUCAAACCAGAAUAAAAGAAGUAGUACAGAAUGGGAAAUAGGUCUUAGGGUUUCCAUGUUAGCAUGAGCCAUUCCUGAUCGUGGGGGCGGGGAUGGCCUGGCUGAAUGGAAACAUAGUGUUUCAUUAGAUGUAUUGUUUCAGAAACCAUUGUGGCUUGGGCCUAUGUGGAAGAUCUCUUUUUGACCUACCACUAACUCAAAACCUGCUUCAUUAACAAUGAGUGAAGGUUGAGCCUUAUGCCAAUAAGCAUAUGAAAAAAGUAUUCAACACCUUAAGCUAUAGGAGAAAUGAAAAUUGAGACUAUAUGAUAUACCACUCUAUACCCACUAAAUGGCUAAAAUGAAGGAGACUGACAGCAAUAUGUAUUGGUGCUGGUGGGUAACAGCUAGCACUUUCAUACAUUAUAGGUGUGGAUGUGAAAUGAUGCAGUUCUUUUGGACUGUUUGAACAGUCUGACAGUUCCAUAAAAAGUUAAAAAGUUAAAAUGAAUAUACCCUGUGACCUAACAAUUAUGUUUAUAUGCAAGGAAAUUAAUCCAAGAGGACUGAAAGCAUGUCUACAAAGAGCCUUGUCUUAGAAUGUUCAUAGGAACUGUAUUUAUAAUCUCAAAUAAAACUGGGAACAGCCUAGGUGUCCAUCAACAGAAGAAGAUACAAGCAAAUGGUGGCAUGUUCGUGCAGUGGAAAACUAUUCAGCAAUGAAAAGCAGUAACAUGAAUGAAUCUCAAAACAUAAUGAAUGAAAGAUGCCAGACACAAAGAAAUGUGUCCUGAUUGUUUCCAUUUGUAUAGAACACCAGAAUAGGCAAUAUAAUCUCUCAGGAAAGGAGUCACUUCCUUUGAGGGCAGGAUGUUGACUGAGAAAAAAGAACUUCUGGAGUGACGAAAAUAUCCUGUAUCUUGGUAGGAUGAUGGAUUGAACUUUAAACUCCAGAUAUGUACAGUUGAGUGUGUGUAAAUUAUUCCUUAAUAAAAAUAUCCUUUUUAAUUAUUAAGCCUUAGAGAUUAUGGGCAGCCCAGGCAUUGAAGAAACUGCUUUGUGUGAAUGAUGGUGCAUGGCCAUGUAUUCAUGAGGGAGUAAGCACAGAAAACACAGUCACACAUAGGACAUGCAGGGUGACUGUGUCUCUAGACGCUCUGUUUUCAGGUAUGAGGGAUGAUGAGAAAGAGGAUAGAUUUGAACCUGACAUGUUUUCUCAGAAAUCCUGUUAAAGGCCGCUUUUUAGGAACGGCUGGUGAAAUCUUCCCCUGUUUUGGGCCAAAAUGCCCCUCGAAUUGAAUUUACUGCCUGCUCCCCCAACCUCCUGCAUCCCUUACUUCUCCCGGGGCAUCCUCACUAGCCAGAUGCUCAUUGAAAAUGAUAUUUUUGUCUCUUUGAAUUGGCUGUGCUCAGAGAGGUAGAACUCCCAUGAUGCCACAACAAACCCAGCUUGUGCAAAGACAGUACUAAUUUUAAAAACUCAAGUGUUAUGUCUGGGACUUUUUUUUUUUUUAACCUCUCCUAGAACUCUUCUCUGCUGUCACACAUAAAUCAGAGGAUUAUGAAAGAACUAGUCAAAGUGGCUGUUUCCUUCUAAGGCUGUAAUUUGGCUCCAUGAAUUAUUAAUUAUUAAACCGGUACAGCAUCAGCUCCUCAGAACCCAGUAUAAAUGUGAAAGGCCCACCUUAUCAGUUAUAAUCUAAGGAGCUGCAGUAAUGUGACUCCUGCCAUUUAGUGCUCUGUGGUAUGUUAAAGGGAGUUGGAAUAUUCAACCCAUGCAACUUUCUAAAAUAAAAUACAAAGCAAAGCAGAGAGUUUUUUCUUCUUUGCAAGUAGCUUUGAAAGUCAGUAUAAGGAAGCAGAUGUGGAUUGCUUCAAGGGUUUUGAUUAUCGUGAAGGAUGGCGUUGUUUCAUAGAUGCUGAAGCAAGUAACAGGACAUGUAAAAGACUGUGGUUGAAGAAAACCAUCUGAAAGUAGAGCUUUGGAACGUCUUGCAUCUCUGCUGCUGCUAAGGAGGAAAUAAAUAAUGCACCAAGGAUUGAAGUUGUGCUAAAGAUAAGUUCAGUAUUUGUUGAAAGCAGACAUCUGACCUAAUUAAAGGUUGAACACAACUUAAAAGAAGCAGCUAGACUACUCAAUUGUUAUUGGACUCGAAACUCCUUUGACCUGGGAAACUGAAGAUGAGGUUGCCAUGGGAACUGCUGGUCCUGCAAUCAUUCAUGUUGUGCCUUGCAGAUGACUACACACUGCAUGGCCCAGUUUUUAUUCAAGAACCAAGUAAUGUAAUGUUCCCUUUGGACUCUGAAGAGAAAAAAGUGAAGCUCAAUUGUGAAGUUAAAGGGAAUCCUAAACCUAAUAUCAGGUGGAAGUUAAACGGAACAGAUGUUGACACUGGUAUGGAUUUCCGCUACAGUGUUGUUGAAGGCAGCUUGUUGAUCAAUAACCCCAAUAAAACCCAAGAUGCUGGAACGUACCAGUGCAUAGCAACAAACUCGUUUGGAACAAUUGUUAGCAGAGAAGCAAAGCUUCAGUUUGCUUAUCUUGAGAAUUUUAAAACAAGAAUGAGGAGCACUGUGUCUGUCCGCCAAGGUCAGGGGAUGGUCCUGCUGUGCGGCCCGCCAGCCCAUUCUGGAGAGCUGAGCUAUGCCUGGAUUUUCAACGAAUACCCUUCCUAUCAGGAUAAUCGCCGCUUCGUAUCUCAAGAGACUGGGAAUCUGUAUAUCGCCAAAGUAGAAAAAUCAGACGUUGGAAAUUAUACCUGUGUGGUUACAAAUACGGUGACAAACCAGAAGGUCCUGGGGCCACCCACACCGCUGAUGCUGAGAAAUGAUGGGGUGAUGGGCGAGUAUGAGCCAAAAAUAGAAGUGCAGUUCCCGGAAACGGUCCCGACCGCGAAAGGAACAACGGUGAAGCUGGAAUGCUUCGCGUUAGGAAAUCCAGUACCAACUAUCAUCUGGAGAAGAGCUGAUGGAAAGCUGAUAGCAAGGAAAGCCAGAAGACACAAGUCAGAUGGAAUCCUUGAAAUCCCCAAUUUUCAGCAGGAGGAUGCUGGUUUAUACGAAUGUGUGGCUGAAAAUUCAAGAGGGAAAAACGUUGCCAGAGGACAGUUGACUUUUUAUGCUCAACCUAAUUGGAUUCAAAAAAUAAAUGAUAUCCAUGUGGCCAUUGAAGAAAAUGUCUUCUGGGAAUGCAAAGCCAACGGAAGGCCCAAACCUACAUACAAGUGGCUAAAAAAUGGCAAACCCCUGCUAACGCAGGAUAGAAUUCAAAUCGAGCAAGGAAUGCUCAACAUAACAGUAGUGAACCUCUCAGAUGCUGGCAUGUACCAGUGUGUGGCAGAGAAUAAACACGGAGUUAUCUUUUCCAGCGCGGAGCUGAGCGUUAUAGCUGUGGGUCCGGAUUUUUCAAGAACCCUCUUAAAAAGGGUAACUCUUGUCAAAGUGGGAGGUGAAGUUGUCAUUGAGUGUAAGCCAAAAGCUUCUCCGAAACCUGUCUACACCUGGAAGAAAGGAAGGGACAUAUUAAGAGAAAAUGAAAGAAUUACCAUUUCUGAAGAUGGAAGUCUCAGAAUCGUGAAUGUGACUAAAUCAGAUGCUGGGAGUUAUACCUGCAUAGCCACUAACCACUUUGGGACAGCCAGCAGCACUGGAAACCUGGUAGUAAAAGAUCCAACAAGGGUGAUGGUACCCCCUGCCAGCAUGGACGUCACCGUUGGGGAAAGUAUUGUUCUGCCGUGCCAGGUAACCCACGACCACUCGCUAGACAUCGUGUUCACUUGGUCAUUCAAUGGGCACCUGAUCAACUUUGACAAAGAUGGGGACCACUUCGAAAGAGUCGGAGGGCAGGAUUCAGCUGGUGAUUUGAUGAUCCGAAACAUUCAGUUGAAACAUGCUGGCAAAUACGUCUGCAUGGUCCAGACAAGUGUAGACAAGCUGUCUGCUGCUGCUGACCUGAUUGUAAGAGGUCCUCCAGGUCCCCCCGAGGCCGUGACCAUAGAUGAAAUUACAGACACCACAGCUCAGCUCUCCUGGAGACCCGGACCUGACAACCACAGCCCCAUCACUAUGUAUGUCAUUCAAGCCAGGACUCCGUUCUCUGUGGGCUGGCAAGCAGUCAAUACAGUCCCGGAACUUAUUGAUGGGAAGACGUUCACAGCGACCGUGGUGGGUUUGAACCCUUGGGUCGAAUAUGAAUUCCGCACAGUUGCAGCCAAUGUGAUUGGGAUCGGGGAGCCCAGCCGGCCCUCGGAGAAGCGGCGGACGGAAGAGGCCCUCCCCGAAGUCACCCCAGCUAACGUCAGUGGUGGUGGAGGCAGCAAAUCUGAACUGGUUAUAACCUGGGAGACGGUCCCUGAGGAAUUACAGAACGGCAGAGGCUUUGGUUACGUGGUGGCCUUCCGGCCUUACGGGAAGAUGAUCUGGAUGCUGACCGUGCUGGCCUCAGCCGACGCUUCCAGAUACGUGUUCCGAAACGAGAGUGUGCGGCCCUUCUCUCCCUUUGAGGUUAAAGUGGGCGUCUUCAACAAUAAAGGAGAAGGCCCUUUCAGCCCCACCACGGUGGUAUACUCUGCCGAAGAAGAACCUACCAAACCACCAGCCAGCAUCUUUGCCAGAAGUCUUUCUGCAACAGACAUUGAAGUCUUCUGGGCCUCCCCCAUGGAGAAGAACAGAGGACAGAUACAGGGCUACGAGGUUAAAUACUGGAGACAUGAUGACAAGGAAGAAAAUGCCAGAAAAAUACGAACCAUAGGAAAUCAGACAUCGACCAAAAUCACCAACUUAAAAGGCAGCGCUCUGUAUCAUUUAGCCGUCAAGGCGUAUAAUUCUGCUGGGACGGGCCCCUCCAGUGCGACGGUCAACGUGACGACCAGAAAGCCACCACCAAGUCAACCCCCCGGAAACAUCAUAUGGAAUUCAUCGGACUCCAAAAUUAUCCUGAAUUGGGAUCAAGUGAAGGCCCUGGAUAAUGAGUCGGAAGUAAAAGGAUACAAAGUCUUGUACAGGUGGAACAGACAGAGCAGCACAUCUGUCAUUGAAACAAAUCAAACAUCGGUGGAGCUUUCUUUGCCUUUUGAUGAAGAUUACAUCAUAGAAAUUAAGCCAUUCAGUGAUGGAGGAGAUGGCAGCAGCAGCGAACAAAUUCGAAUUCCAAAGAUAUCAAAUGCCUAUGCACGAGGGGCGGGGCCGUCCACUUCCAACGCCUGCACGCUGUCGGCCAUCAGUACCAUCAUGAUUUCUCUCACAGCCAGGUCCAGUUUAUGACAAAUGUUAUGUAAAGGACUCGCUCUUUAUAAUAUAAGCAACAUUUAGCUAGUUGUUUUGAAGACACCCAGUACUAAGUAAUAUUGUUGUUCAAGUACAUCUUAUUACUGGAAAAAAAAAAUGUUUUUUGCUUCUUUAGGAAUGGCAUUAUACAGUACUUCCUCAAAGCAAACCUAGCUUUGUCUGAAGUUUCUUUGGAAACUCUGCAGUGCACUGAAGACAUCUGUAAUAUGAUGUUACCAAAGCAGUUUACAUAUGUCCCUAUAUGCAUAUUUUUUAUUAUAUAUUUAGUGUUUUAUAGAAUUUUUUAAAGUUAACAUGAAAUGUAGAUAUUAAUUUUUUUUUCCUCUGCUGUAAAAUGCUCUGGGCAACACGAUCAUAUGAUUAUUAUUUGGAAAUAUUUCCUUUAAAGACACAGUCUGAAACUCAUGUUGGUAAAUAAAUUGCAAAUUACUUGUACAGUUCUACAAGGGUCUCGUGGCAGGACAGCUGAAGACUUGGUCUGUAACUCAAGGCUGCCGUCUGUGAAUGAGUCUUUGGAAUGGCUGGUGCACGGAAUCACGUCGUUUUGACACGUACCAUAUGUUUUCCCGCCCUGUUGUGAAUUUUGUUGUUCAGUACAACUUGAGAUGGUUUUAGGAAUGGCUGCAAUCUCAACACCUAAACUAACUGCCCCAGAGGUACCUUGUGCAAUACUCCCACCCCUGAAUUUAGCAUUGUACGGUAAGACUUUCUUUUCCCUCAGCUAAGUUAGCUAGCAUCGUCUUUGUAGUAGCAUUAUCUUAGCCAUUACAUUUGAAGUUACGUAUCCUGUAGUAACAUAGACCACGAGUUACUAUAGUCAGCCAAGUCUUUCAAAGGAUAAAAGAUCAUUUUACUAUCUUUAAAUGUAUCUGUUUUGAAUGUACAUUUUACAAAAAAAGAGAAUUCUCUGUUGAUGGAUUCGUUAACUUCUUUACAAAAUUUCUUAUAUAUGUGUAUCUCUUUAAUAAUAGAGCCCUGCUUUUGAAGCAAAAUUAUGUGUGGAGUCUGACAGAUUUCUCCUAUUUCAGCAAAUUGUUGCCAGAAAGAAUUUUUUUCAUGACUCUGUAAAAGAUCUUUAGUACAAUUGUAUGGUAUCUUGACAACUCUCUCAUUUUACAAUAGGUAGCCUCGUUGCUUUAUAAGUUUUCUCUUCUACGUCUUAAAAUCACGCAUUGGAAAGUGACAAUAUCCGUGUUCUUAUGAAAAGAACCCUUUGGUAUAAUGGGGGAGGUUUUGUAAGCUGACACUAGUGGCACCGUGCAUAUCAAAGGCCAUGAAAUUUUCUAGAAAAAUUUUCACGAGUAAACACGCUGCCACCUUUUCUUCUUUCUCAAAGAGCUCCAAUUUGCCUGGAAUUUGUCAUUUUUGCUUACAAAUACCGUAAGUUAACUUUUCAACCUUCUAGCUCUAUUUAUCCAAUCAAGUCAUGAUCAGGAUUCCACUUGUGUAAAAACUAGGGUGGUAACUGGGAAAAAAAAAUAUACUGUCAGUAUUUCAAGCUGUGUUCCUUUCUCAUUUUGAUAUGAUUACUUCUAUGUUAAAAGAAAACAAGAUUUAAAAUCACAUGCAAAAAAAAAAUCAACAAAAUAAUAAAAUGAAUGAAAAAAAGAUGAUACCCCAGUUAGUUCCCAACCCCAGUGUAAAUGAUAUUUACCAGUGAUCUAGCAUAUGUAAUCUUUUUUUAAAGGUAUUGUUAAUAAAUAUUCUGUCAUUUGUAAAGAUA